AUGGACGUAAGAAUAGAUAAUGUAAAAUUACAACAGGUGCACUCCUUUAAAUAUCUGGGAUCUGUAUUGGAACCUAACGGCAGAAAUGAAAUAGAAAUUUCUGAAAGGAUAGGAAAGGCAAACAACUUGUACUAUGCUAUGAGUAAAGGUUUUGUCAAUAAAAAAGAGGUGUAUAAUACAAUAUAUAGACCUAUAUUGACAUAUGGAUGCGAAUCCUGA